AUGUUGACGUUUGGUGGAUCCACUGCACCAUUCACUGGAACACCAAGUUCAGUGGAUGCUACGUGGCGGUUGUCCUCUAUCGGGACUCCCAGCACUGGGAGCACCACCACGACCACAACGACGAGUACCUGGGUCACCAGCACCGGCACCAACACGAGCACUAGCAGUAGCACCAGCAUGACCACCAGCAUGAGCACAAGUACCAGUGCGAUCGCCAGCAGCACCACAAGCACCAGCAGCAGCACCACCAAUACGACCCGGACACGCACCACCCGCACCAAGACUCGUACACGCACGCGAACGUCGAGCACCUCAACCACCUUACAGACGACAACUACGAACAGUACUGAAACAUAUACGACGUCGGGGACUUCAAGGACGCUCAUUUCCACGACUGCUCCAAUUGUGCAAGCUCUGACCAUAACAGCGACUACAACCGCUGACCUUACGACAACUACGAACAGUUCUACGACACAGACGACAACAACCAACACUACGUCGACUUCGUUAUCAUCAACAUCGACCAUAACAGCGACUACAACCGCUGACUUUACGACAACUACGAACAGUUCUACGACACAGACGACAACAACCAACACUACGUCGACUUCGUUAUCAUCAACAUCGACGACUACGGCCUCCAUCUCACGUACCACAUCGAUGACUGGAAGCAUGACUUCCUUGACAGCCACAUCCACACCUGGAGUGACAAGCACCAGUGGCACAACCUCACGUACAAGCUCGAGUUCCCUGAGCACGACACAGACCUGGACGACCAGCAGCACAGAGACUGGCACCACCCGAACGACCACGAGCAGCACGGAGACUACCUCGACAUUGAGUUCUUCCAUCACCACCUCAACGUCCAGGACAUCUUCCUCGACCAGCUCAACCACAACUACCUCAACUUCAACUACCUCGACUUCUAGGAGUUCGAGCAGCACAACUGUCACCGUGUCCAGCACCACUACCACCACCAGGUCCACUUCUUCAACGACCUCCACAACCAGGACCACUUCGACAACCAGCUCCACAUCGAGGACGUCUACAUCCAGUAGCCUCACGAGCUCAAGUUCCACAUCCACCACGACGACCUCAACCUCGAGGACCUCUUCCACCACCUCCUCGACCUCCUCGAGCAGCACGACCAGCUCCACGUCUUCAACCAGCAUCUCCAGCACGACGUCCACAAGUAGCACCAGUUCCUCCACGUCGAGCUCCAGCACCACAAGCUCCAGCUCCAGCAGCACAUCUCAGACCACUAGCAGUACCUCAAGGACCUCGUCAAGCUCAACGUCCUCGAGCACGACGACCACGACGACUUUGCUUGGAGCUGUGGUGUUGCCCGAGGAGCUGGUGGGCACCAAACAGGGAGAGGUCCUCGCGCAAUCCUUGCAGACAGCUCUCGUGGUCGCUACUCAGAGCGAGCCCGUCUACUCUACCACCACCGAAACGGGCAACGUGACAGCUGUCAAGCUUGAACGGCCCACAGCGGAACAGGGACCGACGGUCUUGGUGCUCAACCGAACCAGAGAUACUGCCACUCCGAUCACCGUGGUGCUGCCUCCCAACCUCAUCGGGGACUUGUCUUCCGAGGGCAACGUGAUCAUGGUGGUGACCGAGGUCACAGACGAAGUGGCGCGCGAACUGCCGCCGGAAACGGCGGGCGGCGACACGGUCAUGAUCAACUCGCCAAUCGUAGAGCUGUCCUUUGCUCGGGAGGUCAGCGGUGAGGUCGCCCUCCUUGAGGUUUCUCAAGCCUUUGACACCAUCAACUUCACGGUCGUGGGCCGUCCGCCUAUGCCUGGCGAGAGGUGCUACGGGGUGCGCAUUCUUCAACUCUACCACUGGCUCUUGGUCAGCAAUGGGCACUGA